AUGGCACGAUUCCAUUUCCGACUCCAGCCCGUCCUCGAGAUGCGCGAACGCGAAGAAGAACAGAAAAAGCUCGCGCUGAGUGAACUCGAGCGGGAGCGUUUCGAGAUCGAAAGCCGGAUCCGUGGGUAUCAGCAAAACAUCGAACACGAGCAAACCUCACUCGCUCAGAUGCUCGCAAGCGGCGAAACCAUCGACUUCAGAGGCGCAAGGCUCCAAGCAAAUGCGGCGCUGAGCAACCGAUUCUCCGCUCAGAAACUCGUUAUCGAGCUCGCAGGACUGAUCGAGCAGAUCGAGCAAGCACGACAGGAACUCGCAGAAGCAGCUUCGGCUCGCAAAGCCGUCGAACUGUUGCGAGAUCGACAGCGAGAAGCGUUUGAAUCCAAGCAAAGACGCAGAGAAACCAGCGAACUGGACGAUAUGUCUGUGAUGAAAGCGUAUAUGAAAAAGCUCAUCAAAGCCCUCCUCGUCGUCGCGGUUCUGAACCUGAUCGCGGUGCUUUUGGGUGUCGGCUGGGUCUUCGCGUCCGGCAGGGUCGAUUCACAGCGUGUCACAGAGGUCGUCGACAUGUUCAGUGAGACCAUAACCGCACGAGAUCAACGCAUCAAAUCUGAGGAAUUGGAAGCCGCCGCGGAACUCGCGGAGCAAGAGAAUGAUCUCCCCAAACUCGCGAUGAACUCUGAAGAACUCAACGAUGUUCGUUUGCAGCUCACCCAGAUCGAUCGUGCAAGGCUCGAACGCAUGCAACGCGAGAUCAAUGACCUCCAGAACACCCUCAAGCGAGAGCGGGCGCUGCUCGCGAGCGAACGGACAGACUUCGAGGAAGAGCGAUCAGAAUUCGAAGCCAUGCGCGAGCGGCUCAAAGAGAUCGAGGGAUCCGAUCAGUUCAAUAAAUCACUCACCGUGCUCAAAAACAUGAGACCAAGAGACGCUAAGGAAAUGCUGAGCGUCCUGAUUGACGACGGGAAGAGAGAGCAGGUGGUCUCGUAUCUCAGCGCGCUUGGGGGUGGCAUCACAACGGAAGUCCUCGCGGAGUUCAUCAAAGCGGAUGAAGCUGAGUUGGCAGCGGGUUUGCUGGAGUCCAUACGGAUGCGUGGUCGUGAAACCUCGCUAACGGAUGCCAGCACCGAUGACGAUACAGCAAACCAGCUUGUUCAGCCUGCGGAUGACGCUGGUGAUGGUGAGGAUGGAGCGGCUGAGGAAUCAGAUCAGAUUGAGGGUAAACAAACCUCAGAAACUCAGAGUGAUGGACAGGCAACAAAUCAGUCCAAUCCGCAUCCGAAGAGCGAGCAGAGCGAGUCAAUAACUAAGCCGCUUGAUUCGCAGAAGAAUAAUAGCAUCGAGCAGAUUCUGACGGCCGCGGAUCUGGGUAUCCUGCUGUCUAAUGCAGCACGCGUUGACCUCGCGGAUCUUGCGAAGCUCCAGCUUGAGGGUCAACCACAAACGAAGGUUGCUUCUCAAGCACCAGAGCCCAACAAAGCUGGGGCCGCUCGACCAGUCCAGAAAGUGAUCCAAGCAACUCAGGUUGUCGCCGCGGAUUCGGCUCGUCCGUCACAACCGAUCCGGACACAAACGCUGCAGAACUCGGUUGGGGUAGAUGCUGCACGCACGAUCACUUCUACUGAAGCAUCGAGCAAAGCCAACACCAGUCAAAGCGGUUUGGAUCUGGGAGCACGAUCUGCAGAAGCCCAAAGAAUUGUGCAGAAUAAAGCGAUCAAUGAUCGCCCACUGAUGCGCCGCGAGGUGAUGGCGCAGGUCCAGCGUGGACUCGCGUCGAUUAUGAACACCAAAGGCGGCACGAUGCGGAUGCGGCUGAAUCCCGAUCAUCUGGGUGACAUCAAAAUCGAACUCAACACGAAAGACGGCCAAGUCCGAGUGAAGAUCGAUGCCGCAAACGAAGACGCUCGAUCGAUCCUCAAAGACGGACUCGAAGGGCUCAAGCACUCAAUGGAAUCACGCGGCAUCCGCAUUGAUGACAUCCGCGUCAACGAAUCCCAGCAAUCCGCAUUCGAUCAGAUGUUCAAUGACACAGAUCGAGAUUCUGCGGACUCGCAACAAGAUACUCAACAGCAAGGGGCACAUCGGGAGGAAAGCAGCACUCCGAUGACUCCUGAAACUGAUUUGGAUGACAACUCGCCGCAAAGUAUCUGGACCGAACUGGGCGACGCGUUCAACACGCUCUCCAGCGCCGAGUUCUUGCAGAUCAUCUUCACAGAGUUGCAGAAUCAGGACCCGCUUGAACCUCAGGACACCGGCGCGAUGCUCGACCAGCUCUCGACACUCCGGACUAUCGAAUCCGAUACGCAGAUGGUUGCAUCGCUUGAGAGCUUGGUAUCCCAGAACGAGUUCGCCGCGGCUUCGCAGCUCAUCGGCUCGCUGGUCUCAGGAAUCACGCUUGAUAAUCAACGCGUUGCAGAUCUUGUGAUUUCUGUAUCGCAGUCCUCUGAAGGACCUGUGCUCAAUCUGUUCGAUGGGACUCGUAUGCUCUUUAGCCAGGUCGAUGAAAUCGCUGGACCGAUCGACGACUUCACCAAUCCUGAUGACGAUACUCCGCCAACAGACGAUGGGAACUCCGAUGAUGAUCCGGAUGUGCCGACCGAUUCGCCAUAUGCCGGAGAUGCAGGAUCGUUGAAUACCACGAGCGGAAACCAACUCCUCGCAGCACUCGGAUCGGGAAUCCUCCCGGGUGGUAUCUCUCCGGAUCAACGGAAGCUCAAUCCGAACGAGUUGAGCUUCGAUGAGAUCUUGCAGCGUGUUCGAACUGGUCAACCCAGCGGUGUUGCCGUACAACUCGGGGAGGGGAUCGGGAUCGAUCAAAUCCGAUCAGAUCAGCUUGAUCGAGUAGGACAUGCUGCUGACAUCGCAUCGAAGUCUGGGAUCAGCAAUGUCGCGGUUGAUCUCGGUGCCUCAAUUGUGCGCCUCGAUGUCAAGAACCGCGUGAUUGAAGCGCAGAUGACGCAUGAGAAUCAGCUGUUGAUUGAUCAGGUCGAUGGCUUGGUAAUCAUGCAUGGUACGAAAACUGAUCUCGAUGAAGUUUCAGAUCAAGCUGAGAGCAGCACCCCAGUGAAUCCACUCAUUCCGGCACGCGUUGUGCGAAACACUUCCCUCGCGGAUGUGCUCUCGGCGCGAUCCGACUGA